AUGAUGCAGCAGCAGAGUGCUGGCGCUGGUCGCGGCAUGAUGAUGGGCCAGACACAAGCACACACAGGUGGUGGCUACAUGGGUAUGCCGAAUGUGCCUUCGCAGUCCGGGCCCACAGCGCCCGUUUCGUUGCUCCACCAAUCGUUCAGGAAUCCUAAUUGGCCACCGAAUUUCAUCACUCCGGAUAAUGUACUGGAUUAUUUCUGCGAUCCGGGUAAUGUGUUCUACGAUGUCUCCUCGUGUAAUCAGCACAUCAAAAUGCAGAAUCUCAAUCGACCGUUGCACGAAUGUCUGCAGUAA